UUUAUCAUGGGUUCUGCUACUGAAAACAUGUCACUCCCAUCUCAUGUGGUUGCAGUUACAAAUGGUGAUGCUUCUUCACUAGAUUCUGGACAUGCCCGUCUUCUUGAACUCGGUUACAAACAAGAACUCAAGCGUGAUCUUUCGGCCAUUUCAAAUUUCUCCCUCUCGUUUUCUGUUAUAUCGGUGCUCACAGGCAUCACCACCCUUUACAACACAGGGUUGAACUAUGGUGGGCCCUUUUCAAUGCAAUAUGGGUGGUUUCUAACUUCUGCUUUCACAAUGCUUGUUGCACUCUCAAUGGCUGAAAUUUGUUCAUCUUAUCCAACAACUGGUGGUCUUUACUAUUGGAGUGCCAAGCUUGCUGGCCCUAGAUGGGCACCCUUUGCCUCCUGGAUCACUGGCUGGUUCAAUAUUAUUGGUCAGUGGGCAGGGACAACAAGUGUGGACUUUUCACUUGCACAACUAAUUCAGGUUAUCAUUCUCCUUAGCACUGGUGGGAAAAAUGGUGGUGGAUAUGAGGCGUCCAAAUAUGUAGUUAUUGCUUUGUAUGCGGGAAUUUUGCUCCUACACGGUAUAAUAAACACUCUUCCUAUCUCAGUCAUAUCAUUCUUAGGACGGUUGGCAGCUAUUUGGAAUGUUUUAGGUGUUUUUGUGCUUAUGAUUCUGAUUCCAUCUGUUGCAACCGAAAGGGCUAGUAUAAAAUUUGUGUUCACUCAUUUCAAUGAUAAAAACGAGGAUGGAAUCCACAGCAGACCCUACAUAUUUCUCUUGGGACUUCUAAUGAGUCAGUAUACCCUUGCUGGGUAUGAUGCAUCAGCUCAUCUGACAGAGGAAACGAAGGGUGCUGAUAGAAAUGGACCAAAAGGAAUUAUCAACUCUGUUGGGAUAUCUAUUAUUGUUGGAUGGGGUUACAUUCUAGGCAUUACCUUUGCAGUCACUGACAUCCCUUACCUUUUGAGUGAAAAUAAUGACGCUGGUGGCUAUGCCAUUGCUGAAAUAUUUUAUUUAGCUUUCAAGACAAGAUAUGGCAAUGGAAUUGGUGGUAUCAUUUGCUUGGUAAUUGUUGCUAUCUCCAUAUUUUUCUGCGGUAUGAUUUCUGUCACUAGCAAUUCAAGGAUGGCUUAUGCUUUCUCUAGAGAUGGGGCCAUGCCAUUGUCACCAUUGUGGCACAAAGUUAACAAGCAAGAAGUUCCCAUCUUUGCAGUUUGGCUUUCCGUUUUUAUAUCAUUUUGUAUGGCACUAACGUCUCUAGGAAGCAUAGUGGCAUUUGAAGCAAUGGUGUCCAUAGCGGUGAUUGACCUCUAUGUUGCUUAUGCGCUACCAAUAUUCUUUAGGGUGACCUUGGCACAGAAGCAUUUUGUACCUGGGCCUUUCAACUUGGGCCGUCACGGAGUCGUUGUGGGCUGGGCUGCUGUUAUUUGGGCGGUGCUCAUCUCCAUACUCUUCUCGUUGCCUGUUUCAUAUCCAAUAACCAUUGAGACAUUUAACUAUACCCCCGUUGCGGUUUCUUGUUUUCUCGUUUUAGUAGUUUCUUACUGGAUACUUAGUGCCAGGCAUUGGUUUAAAGGCCCAAUAGUCAAUCUUUAAUUCAGUGAACUGACCGCAUCUUCAAUGUGAUCUCUAUGUAGAACGUCAUCGGUAAGGGAUAAUAUUGUUGGAGAAUAAUUAGGUGUGUCCAAUAUUCAAUCUAUCAUGCAAUGAAUUUAUCUUAUUUGAUAAA